CAUAUAAAUACACCCUCCCUCCUAGAGAGAGAGAGAGAGAGAGAGAGAGCGAGCUGUGCUCAGGUUCAUCGCGAUCCAUUUCGUUGCUCUCCUGCUCGCGACGAAGGCAAGAAGCGAUCGCUCUUCCUCUGCGAUUCUUCACCGGUCCCUUCAACGGAGACUUUCCCACUUCUCCGUGGCCCCGGUAGCCACUUCGCCUUCUUUCUCCGCGCCGUAGAAGCUCCUCGUCCGUUGCUUACACAAACCCUCGCCCCCUCUUCUCGGGUGGACUUUCGCUUCCGAGGCUCGGAUCGGCGCCGCUGUGUCUCUUCCCCCAGCUGUGUCCGGGUUUGGGUUGCGAACUCCUCGGCCGAACUGUCCAUGGAGAGAUUCUGGCUGAAUCUAAACCCUUUUCGGUUCAGGCUGCUGCGUCGGGAUCGAUUCCCCUGAUAAAGGUGAUGCCUGUGAGGUUUUAUUGUUUGCUUGGCUCCCUUUUUGUUGGAUUUAGGUGCUCUCUUAUUUGGGAAAGGGCUUCCGAACCUUACUACCUGUGCUCACUCCCAUCCCACCCCCGCGAAGAUAUCGUUGCCUCAAGCUCUUAGUGCUUAUGUGAGCUUUGUGGUUUUGGAGCCCGAUCCUACUUCGACUGGGAUUAUGUUUCUGGGAAGUUGAGAUUUCCUAAAACUCUUUUGUCAUCGAGUUGUGUAAUGGCAAAGAUUAGUGUACUUCCUGUGCUUAGGUUUUCUUUUUAGUUUGGAGUGCUACUUUGAUUCGGAGCCAUGACCAUGUUGGCAAGUGGCCCUGAUUUUGUAAAAUGGAGCGAGAAGUUCAUCUCUCAGGAGCGAGGGCAUCGCGUUGUUCAUUACUACCUUGAGGAUUCUUCGGGGGAUUCCUACCUUGCAGUCGUUGGCACUGAACGCAGUCUGAGGCACAUGCUUUAUGUUAUCGCAGACGAAUUUUGUCAGAUGUAUGAGGCUGAUAAGUUGCAGUUAUCUUCCCUCAAAUGGAGAUCGAGAAGAGAGGUCGUAGAUUGGCUUGCUUCAUUCCUUCCAGCAGAAGUCUGCUGCCCUCAUAAUUCAAAGUUGCCAAAAUUUCCAUUGAAGCAUGUUUUCAGAUCAGGAAUGGAAGUUAAUAGAUGCAAUGAUACUGGGCGCCACUUACUUAAUAUGGGAAAAAACAAUCAAUCUGAAAUUUCCUGGUCUGGUGCUUCUUGGACUUGUGGAAAGCAGCUCCAGCAUUACCGAGCUUUUUCUCGCAAUGGAACUACAAUAGUAGCCCAUUCUUUUGUCCUUGUAAUGUCUGAGGAGGAGACUAGAUAUCUUGCUUAUUUAGAAGAUAUGUAUGAGGAUAAAAAAGGGGAGAAGAAGGUUAAAGUACGAUGGUUUCAUCAAAAUCAGGAAUUUGCUUGCACGAUACCAGCACCUGCCCCUCAUCCCUGUGAAGUCUUCAUAACACCUUUUUCUCAGGUCAUCAGUGCCGAAUGUGUGGAUGGCAUAGCUACUGUAUUGACUCCUGGGCACUAUGAAAAAUGCAUGGAGUCAAUUUCUUCGUCUGCAGGACUUCGACUCUGUUUUCGCCAGUACAACAAAAAUAAAUUCAAGCCUUUUGAUUUAAGAACUUUGCGUGGUUAUUUUAAUCAAGAUGUUCUUUCAUGCUUUGGUAUUUGUAAUGAGACUGGAAAAGGUGAUGAAGAAAUAGGCUAUGGUUCAUUGAAGGAGCAAUUUGGUCCCAGGAGAACUAGAUUUGUUAAGGUGCGGAACAAGCUUUUUGAAGAACAUUUAAGUACUAAACUAUCAGGACUUUCAGGUCAUGCAGCAACCUGCAGAUCUACUUAUCAGGAUGCAGGGUAUGAUUUGCUUCAAAGGCCUUUCCCAAUGAAUUUUGUUGGGUCUCCUGAUUGGGUUGCCCCUCCUUUUAAGGUGGGAGAGAAGAUAGAGCUUCUUUGCCAAGAUAGUGGUAUCAGGGGUUGCUGGUUCAGGUGUACUGUUUUGGAAUUAUCACAUAAGAAAUUAAAAGUCCGAUAUGAAGAUGUACUAAAUGUUGAUGGAUAUGGAAAUUUGGAGGAAUGGGUACCUGCCUUCAGAACCGCAGCUCCUGAUAGAUUGGGCAUGAGAUAUUCGGGUCGUCUCACUGUUCGACCAUGCCCUAAUUCUAUUGAUUUGCUGGAUAAUGUUGCUCUCCAGAAAGGAAUGGCUGUUGAUGUAAGCUGGAGUGAUGGUUGGUGGGAGGCAGUAGUUAUUGAGCUGGGCGACAGCAUUGAUGAUGAUGUGCAACUAUAUUUGCCAGGUGAAGACAUAUUCUUAAUAUGUGAACUAAAAAGACUUAGAAUAUCUAAAGAUUGGAUGGGGAACAGAUGGGUUGAUAUCACCUCCAAACCCGAUGUCUUGUCCACAAUAUCUUCAGUUAGCCAAAGGACAAACCCUAUUUCAUGUCCUCUCAUCAUCAAGAGGGCGGAAUCUCGUGGCUCUGCAAUGUCUGAUCAAGAAUUUAUCACUAGUCAGGCAAAUUCAGUUGAACAGGAUAAACAAGUUGAAGCCGGCCUGGUCGCUAAUACUUCUAUGCCAAUAAGACAAUGAAGCAAGUCAUGCCAAGGAAAUGGUUGAAAGGUGAAUUGUAAAGGCAAAGGAAGCGGUGUUGGACCAGUAUUAGUGCUUGGUGUAUGUGGUUUUGGCUGUGUAUAUAGUCGAGGAUUAGUGCUUUAGUAGUACAUAAGCACUUGAUUCGCUGAGCUAGCUUUGACCUACUGAAGUAGUUGGCAUGUAAUCCCCAGCAUUUAGGUUAAACCAUAAUAUCUGGAAGGCAUGAUAGUAAUGUUUGUUUUGUCACGAUCCUUCAUGGUGCCCCAAUAUUAUUGGUACCAUGCAUCAUAUGGAAUGGACGUCAUUAGCAUGUUUCUCUACGUUAAA